AAGAGAUCAUCAAACUCAUAAGCCUACCUAAAUACGUACGUUGUUAAUAAAAUAUCUAAAAUUUUGAGGAACAGACAAAAAAGAAAAAAAUGGCGACGCAAGCUUUGAUUAGGAGGACCUCGAGGGCUGCUUUUGUCUCCAGGCACAUUCAGACAAGUGCACGGCGAGAUGCGGCCUCCACAAUUGAUUCUGCUGCUCAGGCGACAAAGAAAGGAGCGGAAGACGCGAAGAAGGUGGGGGAGGAAGUGAAACACAAGGCUGCCUGUGCUGCUGGAGAUAUGUCUCAGAAAGGUAAGGAAGUGGCGGGAGACGCAGCCAAUGUGGCUCAGAACGUGACCGAAAAGGCCAAACAGACGGUCCAAGGAGCGUGGGGAACCAUGAAGGACACAACGCAGAAGAUCAAAGACAGCGUCAUGAACAAAGCAGGAGAGUCUAAAGAGUGCGUCAAGGAAAACGCUGACGCUGUGAAGCGCAGCUUGAAUUCGAAGAAAUCAGAUCUCUCAUAAUCAACCUACUUAACAACACACAUCACACAUCGUCUACAUUCAUAUUUCAAUAUGUCUCACACAUACGUAUAUAUAUACGUGCAUAUCCAGUCCUUAUGCUCACAAAAAAUAUAUAUAUCCAAUUUUUCUAUACAUUUAAGUUCUAAAUUAGGAAUUUUUUUCAUCAAAAUCACUAUGAAAAUUUUGCUUGGCUUCAAGACAUUACAAGUAUUUAGAAUGUACUUGGAAGCAAUAAUAACAAAUAAAUAUGUACUCCUUUCGCUACCAUGAAUUGUAAAUA